AUGGCGGCCACGGCAGAUCCGCGGGCGAAGCCUCCGGCAGCGGCGCCGCACCACUUCGCCGAGCCGUGGGCGCAUCAGGCCGCCUCACCAGCCGCCGCCCAACGCAUGCCGCCCGUCGUAGCCUUGCCCUCGGCCGCGGGCGGUGGCGGCUGUGGCGCCCGCCAUCGGCGCCGCUCGUCGUCGUCCCACCGCCGUGCUCAGGCCGUCGGGGACGACACGCCGUACGACGGUGGGAUCGAGGCGCUCCGUGCCAAGCUCAUGGGCCACCUGCGCGACGCCGCGGACCGGCUCCGCGCGCCCCAGCCUAGCAGGAGCACCGCCGCCUCGCUGCCGCCUGUUCCUCGCCCUCCACCGCCACCGCCUCCGCCUCCUCCCGCACCUCCUUCACCCCAGCAAGCGGACGCUGCCGCCGCCGCCGCGACCGCGAGGCCGUGGGACCUGCGGGAGCGCACGCGGCGGCGCCCCGCCGCCGCCAGGUCGUGGGCCGCGUCGCCGUCCCCGCCGCCUCCUCCUCCGUCGUCGUCGUCGUCGCGGAGGCGGCGCAAGCGCGCCCCGUUCUCCGUGUCCCUGACGGCGGAGGAGAUCGAGGAGGACAUCUACGCGCUGACCGGCGCCCGGCCGCGGCGGCGGCCCCGGAAGCGGCCGCGCGCCGUGCAGCGGCAUGUCGAUUCGCUGUUCCCGGGGCUGUGGCUGACCGAGAUCACCGCCGACGCGUACCGAGUGCCGGACGAGUAG